AUGUGGUCCAACUUCUUCCUGCAGCAGGAGGAAGAGGGGCGUAUGGGCGUGGCUUCGGGGAGCGGGGCCAGUGGGAUGGGGGGGCGGGGCGGCAAGAGACGGCCCCCUCGCAUGAGCGACAGCCAGGAGGGCAAGAUCAAGCUGGCGUUUUUCGUGGCCAUCCUGGGCGUGACCCUGACGGUUCUGGGGGUGGGGACGGAGUUCUGGGCGGAGCUGGCCCAGCCCAAACACUACGGUAACAACCGGACCUGCGAGGCCGCCCACUACGGCCUGUGGAAGAGCUGCACGCGCACGCUGUGGGUCUCCGACAUCGACCCGGAGAGAGAGAGCUGCGGACCGGCCGAACUGCCCGGAGAGUCAAAUUGCACGUUCUUCAAGUUUUACACGUCUGGUGAGAAUGCAGUCAUAUUUAAGAAGACGACAGAUAAGAGUCUGAGUAUAGCGGCGGCGAUGCUGGCCCUGUUUAGUUUGUUUCUUAUGGUGAUGGGUUCUGUGUGCAUCAGCAUGGCUCUAAGUAAAGGAGUCCCUUUCUUCCUCAAACCCGCAUCUUUCUGUUUCCUCCUCUCAGGUAUCCUGGUACUGCUGUCAAUCAUAAUUUUCCACCAAUCAGUGCUGGCGUUGUUGGCCAGUGACCACACUAUUCCACUCCAUUAUGAACUGUCAUGGUCUGUAGCCUGCGUGGGUUCGGCUGGUGCCAUUUUAAUUGUAGGCGGAAUGCUCUUCCUGUUACUCUCUUUUCCAUUCAGCACUUUGGAGAAAUGCCUGCCUCAUCGUGGCAGCGACACCUAG